AUGGCACCGCAAAGAGGAGCAAGCGGUAUCGAAAAGAAGAAGCGGUCGAAGAAGAGGAGGACGAGAACUGAGGUCUCAUCAUCGAGCGAAAGUGACAGCGAUGUCUCAAGCGUAAAGAGCCAAAAGGUGGCCGCGGUAGAAGAAGAAACAAAGAAGGAGGUUUCGCCAGCCCCAGCACCAGCGCCCGCGAAGAAAGAGAAGAAGAAGAAGAAGUCUAAAACUGGCAGUGUACCAGAUGCUCAGCCAGAUGAAGAUGUCGCUAUGACGGAUGUGCCAGCUUCUCCGCCAACAAAACAGGCAGCGUCAAAGGCUAGUCAACAUGCGCAAGACGAUUUCGGCGCCCUCUAUCUGCGCAAAAUCGCGGCUGAGUUCGCUGACGAUCUCGACAAAGUGCGUGAAGCACCAGACUUCAAGGCGAGCAGUGUGCCGAUGCUCAUUCAUGCGCUCAAACAAGGCGAAAGUCUUUACAGUGUAGAGGAGAGAAAGAGGGUCGUAGGCGCGGCGAACGCGUAG